AUGUCUCUCCCACCAUCCACAAUUCGUAUCAAGCGCAAGCUUGACGAAGCCCCUGUUCAAGCUCUCUAUGUCGACCGCUCAGAAACAAAGCGUCAAAAAGUGAAGAAGGACUUCGUCUUCCGCCUUGCUCGUACCGUUACCUCACCUACAGAUCCUGCGCCGCAGCCUUUCCAACCACAGCACCACCCACGUAAUAGUCUCAGCGGAAUCCCCCAAGUACGGAGCACACUUACUCCCGCCUCGCGCUCGAGGCCAUCUUCACCAAGCCUCGGCGUAGCUAGAACUUUGGUCUCAAGGACUCCCUCUCCAGGCCAUGGUAUUGGUCCCCUUCCAGCCGGUUCAAAGUUGGCACUCGACACGAGUGAUAUAGGAUCUUCACGGAAGUCAAAGUUUAAGGUUCCUUUGAGCGCUAUCGCGAGGGCAGAUUCGUACGAAAGUGUAAAUAAUGUCGAAUCUCCAGCAACCAUUGCAUCUACAACCCCUAUAGGCGAGAAAGGAAAGGUUCCAGCUAUUGCGCAUUUAAAAUCCUCAGAUGAUAGUGAGGGUCCGGUUCGAAAAGGCACGUUUGGAGAUGACAAAACACAUUCCUUGUCAACAAGUCCGCCUGAGAAAGGCGCUAAGACAGCGUCCUCCCCCUCAAGUACGACAGCGGGCAAGCGUAAAGCAGCGGCUGCAGUACGUAGAUAUCAUUUGGCGAAACGACUACGAGUAAAACAUCCACAUCCAUAUUCAACUGCUGCAACACGCCGUAGUGCCAUAUUUGUCCGGGAGUCUUCAGAACCAAUUGACGAAGAUGCUCCAAUGGAAACACAUACAGUGGAAGAGGAAAAGCUAGCCGAUCAAAAAGAGGAGCCCGUCAAAAUCCGGAAACGGCCGCGAACUCAUCCAGAAGAGAAAAAAAGAAUUGAGGAGGAGAAGCGAAAACUUCAGCAGGAAAAAGAAAAGGAAGAAAAGGUCAAGAAACAAGAAACAAAUACUAAGGUUAAAUUCGAGGAGCAAUCGGAAUUGGAUCCUCUUACUUUGGCUAUGCAAAACAUGGUGUUUGAAUAUCUCAAUUCAGAAAACAAUGAUGGUAUUCGAAACCUUGUUACUAACCCACCGAGAGGGGCGCCUAUGCAGAGCAAGAUGCAGGACAAGAUCGGAGGUGGCUUGGGGGGUGGUACCUGGAAAGAUGUUGAUAAGGGGGGGUUUGAUGAAGAGUUAGAAGAUGAAGAAGGCUUCAUCUAUGACGUCUAUAUCCGUGAGGAGGUCAAACCAGAGAAUAGUAAGAAAGAGGGCGAAGAUUACGGUCUUAUUAUAAUCAACGGAAGCGACGACGAAGAAUGGUGGUAUGAGGGCGAUGACGACGUAGACAGUGAUGAUGUCUACGGCAGUGAUGACGAAGAUAGUAAUGCAGAAGACUAUCACACCAAUGACUACCCCGAAGAACCAGCCUACGAUUCUGAUGAUGCUGAUGAAGUGGAUGAAUUCGGUGUCCUGGGCAUUGAUUCUGCUGAUGAUGGAGACGAUGAUGAUUCAGAUGAUGGGGGCAUUUUUAAGAGCUGGAAUAAGCAGAAAAAGUUUUCAGAUGAGGAGGAGUUUGACCUUGAGUAUGACGAGGAUGUUGACGCGGAAGCAGAAGAUAUGAGGCGUAAAAUGGCAGGAAUCUGGGGAUACAGGGAUGGUGGAAGGGUUACAGGCGGAAGGGUCGUCGUUAGUGGCGACGAGAUGGAAGAUUGA